GACCCGCUGCCCAAGCUGAAGGACCUGGCCUUCCUGAAGGACCAGCUGGAGAGCCUGCAGCGCAGGGUGGAGGACGAGGUGCAGGCGGGCGUGGGGCAGGAUGGCUCUCUGUUGGCCUCGCCCUUUCUCAAAGGCUUCCUGGCAGGCUACCUGGUAGCCAAACUUCGCUUCUCGGCUGUCCUGGGAUUCGUGGUUGGGACCUGCACAGGGAUAUAUGCUGCACAGAACUACGCUGUCCCCAACGUUGAAAAGACAGUCCGGGACUAUAUCAGUUCACUGAAAAAAGGUCGGGACUAG